AUGAAUAUUUCAUCGUUUUCAGAAAAAGAUUUUAGUGUUGUAGAUUGGAUUAAUAAUACAUUAAAGGAUAAACCCCCAGAUCAAUGUCGUGAGGUAAUUCCAUCUAUGUUGAAAAAGCUACAAUUAUGUGUAGAACAGGUACACGAGGUACUCGACGAAACAACAAUACAAGUUCUUUCUUCUCUACCAAAAGUUGUCAAUGACAUAGAGAAAUUUGAAAAUCAAGCGACAAAUAUCCAACAAAAAAUUAUUGAUUUAAAACAAGAAAUAAAUACAGUAAAAAGUAACACUGGUGAAUCAUUAUUGAAACUUCAAUUAUAUGAUGGAAUCAAAUGUAAAAUGGAAGUUACCAAAAAUGCUUUGGAGGAAGCGGACAAUUGGACAAAACUUAUUACUGAUAUUGAAAUAUUAAUGGAUAAUGGAGAAAUAGACCAAGUAACUAAUAGAUUGAUUAGAAUGCAACGUUCUUUAGCAGUAUUGGAAAAUAAUUCCGAUUACGAAGAAAGAAAAAAUCAGUUGGAAGAGCUAAAAAGUAAAUUUGAAGUAAUAUUGAUUCCAAUGGUUAAUGUGGCUUUUGAAAAUGAAAAAAUUGAUGAAUCAAAGCAUUAUGUAAAUAUAUUUACGGAUCUAGAAAAACAUGAUCAGAUUAUUAAAUAUUAUUUAAAGUGCAAUAAAAACAGAUUACGUAAAGAGUGGUCAUCAAAAAUGUACGUCAAUGAGUAUUCUAAAAAUCCUUUAAUGUUUUUUGAAAGUUUUUAUGAAGCGUUAAUAGAAUGUAAAAAGCAGCAAAUGAUUUUGUACAAAAAAUUAUUUAAUAAUGAAGUACAACCUGAAAUAGAAUGUCAAUUAAUUCUAUCAUAUGGAGAUUUGUUUAAUAUAUUAGAACUUCCAAUGUUUGAAUUGGUUGACGUAUCUAUCAAAAACCAUCAAGAACCACUGAUUUUACUAUUAGAUUUAUUUAUAACAACUGACGUAUUUAUUAAAAAUAUAAAAAAUGAUUCAAAAAUUAGUGAUUCAUUUAAUUGGGAUAACAUAUUAACAAGUAUAUACAGACCAUUGAUUCCACAAAUUGUUUCUUAUAAAGAAUUUGAAUAUGAGCAUUCAAAAAAAAUCACUGAUUUUGCAUUAAACCAAGAUGAUUUAGUAGAUGUAGUUCAAGCUUUUGGUCAGUCUCAACUAACUGUUUUUAGAGCAUCAGAAGAAGCAAAACGUCGAAGUGCUGUUUUUAGUCACUGUGUUUUUCCUGAAAUGAUCUUUGCUAUUAACAGGAUAUUUUCUAACGUUAUUGAAGGAGGGAAAGAAGUAUUAAAAAAAAUAUUAGUUAACAUUAAACCAGGAGAAAACUGGAAUUUGUUUCAAAUAUGUUUAAAAUUUUUACAAUCUGCUGGAGAAUUUUUACGAGAACUCUAUUUUGUGGAAUCUGAAUUUAAAAGUUGUAUUUUAACAAAUGAACAACGGGCAUUAAAUGUUUCAAAAUAUUUAUUACUUGAAGAUAGGCAAAUUGAAUUAAAAAAUGUUAUUGAUUUAUUAAAAAGUGAUAGUGACUGGAAAUUAUUUAAAGAAUCAAUUCAAGCAACAGAAAAAUUGUGUUCUCAUAUAUACCAAACUUUUUAUAAAAUAUCAUUUAGGCCAAUAUCAUUUUACUUAGAGCAACUGGAAAAAGUAAAAUUUAAUAAGGAAACAUCUGAUGCUCAUAGACUUUCUCCUCGAGAAUAUAUUACCCAAAUUGGACAGUAUUUAAUUACACUUCCUCAGCAUGUUGAACCAUUUUUAGUACGUGAUAAUGAGGCAGUAACUGUAGUUUUAAGUAUAUCUGAUAGACGUUACACAGAUGCUUCGCUGGAAGAAAGUUUUACAAAUGUCUUAUUAAGGAUAUUAGCAAGAAAUACAUGUGAUGUAUAUGUAGAACAGAUACAGUCAUUAAGAGAAAUAAAUGAUUUGGCUGCUCAACAACUAGCUGCAGAUAUUGAAUACUUGGGAUAUGUAUUGGAAGAACUCGGAGUCAAACUCAAUGAAACUACUAUGCAAAUAAUGAAUUUAUUAAGACUAGAAAGUGAUGAGUACAUAAUGAAAUCAUCAUCAAUUGCUGCUUCAAAAGUAGCAUCAGUAAUAGCAAAAAUUAGAAAUAUAAGAUAA